GACACAAGAUAUUUUGUUGUUGUAUGCAUGAACAGUUAAAUAUUGAGUAUUUAGUGAGAUUUUAGUAAUUUAUUGCCGAGAUAAGGAGUAAUAGGGGCGACAGUGGCAUGUCAUGGUUUGUUUACAUCUCUAUAUGACUUUGUCACCGAGCUGGGCUGCCAUCCAAGAAUUUCUCUUUGUUGUUCUGAGUCGCACAUGAUGUCGUAUUUAAUGGCGUAGUUAAGGUUUGGCUGUGAUGGAAGACGCAGUGAAUCUAGCGUCCCUCAGAGCAAGGCAGUGUGGGAAGUGAGGGAUAACGUGUGAUUAACACCACUACCCCAAGCUAUGGGGUCAAUUUGGCAGGACAAAGGAACCGUCACCUUUGAGGAGAAAUGGCCGGCGAUGCGACCGACCGUGUUGAAGCUGCUGAGGCAGGAGUGUGUGAGUCGUGCCGAGUGGCAAGACUUAUUUUGGGCUGUCCACAAAGUCUGUCUGUGGGAUGAGAAAGGCCCUCCAAAGGUUCAGAAGGCACUACAAGAUGACAUACUUGACUUCAUCACACAUGCUCAGGCGCGUGUACUGGACCAGCAUGAGGAUCAGGCACUCCUGAAAGCAUAUAUUAGUGAGUGGCGAAAGUUCUUUCAACAGUGCAACUACCUUCCGCUACCUUUCAAUCAACUAGAGUCUGCGUUAGCGGGCAAGACUACUACCUCAGUCUCCAAGAAGGUCCAAAAUGAUGACUCAAUAGUUAGAAAGUUAAUGCUGGAUAGUUGGAAUGCAAGCAUCUUCAGCAACAUUAAGCAACGGUUACAAGACUCGGCCAUGAAACUGGUUCAUGCUGAGAGGAAUGGAGAAGCGUUUGACUCUCAAUUAGUCAUUGGUGUCAGAGAGUCUUAUGUAAACCUUUGUUCCAAUUCUGGCGAUAAAUUGCAAAUUUAUAGAGAAAAUUUUGAAAAGGCAUAUAUAGAAGCAACUAAAUCAUUUUAUCGAGUCAAAGCGCCACAGUACCUAGAGGCCAAUGGUGUACAAAACUACAUGAAAUAUGCAGAGCUUAAGUUGAGAGAAGAAGAACAACGAGGAGACAAAUACUUAGAGUCAUUUAGUGGAUCAUUACAGAAUCUAAACGAAUGUUGUGUUGAAGUGUUGGUGACGACUUUCCGUGACACCAUCUUGGCAGAGUGUUCACAGAUGAUCAAGAACAAUGAGACAGAUAAAUUGCAGCUUAUGUUCAAGUUAAUGGAUCGUGUACCAGAUGGAAUACAGCCUAUGCUGAAUGCACUAGAGGAACACAUCGUUUCAGCUGGCCUGGCAGACAUGGUGGCAGCUGCAGACACUAUAACACAAGAUUCAGAACAAUAUGUAGAAAAACUUCUAGACCUGUUUCAACGAUUUAGUAAAUUGGUAACAGAGGCAUUUAAUGAAGACCCUCGGUUCCUCACUGCAAGAGACAAGGCUUAUAAAGAGGUUGUCAACGACGCAGUCUUCAAAUUAGAGUUGCCAAGUAAAACAAAAGGGAUUGGCAACAAGACCCAACCUGAAUCUAAAUGUCCAGAACUGCUUGCAAACUACUGUGAUAUGCUGCUCAGAAAGACUCCACUUAGCAAAAAGCUUACUGCAGAUGAGAUUGAGAGCAAAUUAAAAGAUGUGUUGCUGGUGCUAAAGUAUGUGAGCAACAAGGAUGUCUUCAUGCGGUACCACAAGGCGCAUCUUACGCGCCGUCUCAUCCUCGACACCUCAGCUGACUCAGAGAAAGAGGAGAAUAUGGUAGAAUGGUUGCGAGAGGUGGGCAUGCCUGCAGACUAUGUCAAUAAGCUGGCAAGAAUGUUUCAAGAUAUUAAAGUGUCCGAAGAUCUCAAUCAGCAGUUUAAGGAAACCAUUAGAACUACUACCAAGUCUAGUGUAGCAGAUAAUCUUAACAUAAAAAUAUUGAAUGCGGGAGCAUGGGCGAGAGGUAGUGAUCGAGUAGCAGUCAGCUUACCCAUGGAGCUGGAGGACUUCAUCCCAGAGGUUGAAGACUUCUAUCGAAAGAAACACUCAGGCCGUAAACUUCAGUGGCAUCAUCACAUGUCCAAUGGCACAAUCACAUUCUCUAACAACAUGGGAAGAUUUGACUUGGAUGUCACCACUUUUCAAAUGGCUGUCAUGUUUGCAUGGAAUCAGAGGACGCACGACAAGAUUUCUUUCGAUAAUCUUCGUCUUGCCACUGAGCUGCCCGAUCCUGAGUUGCGACGGACAUUAUGGUCGUUGGUAGCAUUCCCCAAGAUGAAGCGGCAGGUACUCAGUAUGUCUGGGGAGGUGACAUCUCCGAAGGACUUCACUGAGAACACCCUCUUCUGGGUUAACCAGGAAUUUGCCCCUAUUAAGAAUGGAAAGCCUCAAAAACGGGGAAAAGUCAACCUUAUUGGGCGACUUCAACUGAGCACGGAGAAGAGUAAAGAGGAGGACAAUGAGGGUAUUGUGCAAUUGAGAAUACUUCGUACUCAGGAAGCCAUUGUGAAGAUACUGAAGAUGAGGAAGAGAAUCUCUAAUGCACAGCUUCAGACAGAGCUGGUGGAGAUGCUCAAGAAUAUGUUCCUUCCCAGUAAGAAAUUAAUUAAAGAGCAGCUUGAAUGGCUCAUCGAACACAAGUACAUGAAACGUGAUGAUGAUAAUAUUAACAUAUUCAUAUACAUGGCCUAGUUGCAAAAUAUUGGGCUGCAACAGAGGAAAACCGUCUGCGCGUGCAACCUCCUGGCACUUUGUGCAACUGUACAUAUAUGGAGUCUCUUGUGGCCAAGUGGUUGUUGCAAUGGCUGCUGCCUGCUUACUGUCUGGUGGCUGUUACUGUAUAAAUAAUAGUGUAAGAUUCUUCACUCCGUAUUGGCCAGAUAGUUAAAUGUUUCUUCUGUCAAGCAAGCAGCCAGUGGUGAGGUUAAUGGGUGUGUUGGGGCUUGUGCAGGCACAGGUCAGGUGCUCUGGACACUAUCAGAGACCAAGUUCACAUUUUUUUGCUAUUAGCUGUACUACUUACAGCUAGUCAACAAUUAUAAUGAACCUGUCUUGUGAAAGUUUAAAGAAGAUUUUAAAUAUUUCACUGCUGCUAAUAUCACAAUUUUAACCCCCACAAGCAGUGCAAGUUUUGAGUUCAAGAUCAGAAAGUUAAUGAUAUUUACAAUGGUAUUCCUAAAGAAAAUCAUGGAAAAUUUAGAAUUAACCAAACACACUUUUACAUAUACUGUACUGGUAAGAACAACUCUCAUGUCUCAGAAAAUUCUGCAUAAUUAAAAUGCUUUUACAUAGUCAUGGUAAGUCAUUCGGCCUAAAUGAUCCUGUCAGGUUAACUAAAAUAUGACUGAUUUUUUUCUUUCUUUUUUUUUUUUUUUUACUAUAACAUUCAGUUUCAGCUUGAAGGCAGGAAGAUUUUUCCUUUGGAGAUGCAGAUUGUAACUGUCAGUAGUAGUACUUAUUACUUUUAAUAGUUAACUUCAUUGAGUGAUUAUUUGAUGAACUACAAGCGCUCACACUAGUUUCUGAAGUCUCUCUAGAUGAGGAUCAUAAGACAUUUGGAUGGACAAGGGCAAGGGAGGGGCAUAAUAGCUCAAUCAAAAUGGCAGGCAGACGUAACUGAAAUCGCAGCUCUGGAUUUAUAUACAUGAUUGUUAAGCCCUCACUUGUACCAGAAGCAUUUUGUGGAACCUCAGGUAUCUCAUAGAGGUUAAUAAAAUGUUUAACACUUGUGAUACAUAUGAAUAUUAUUUGUAAAUAAAAAAUUAUCUUGUGAUAAUAUUAAAAGUACUAUUCCUGAA